GCCCCCUGGCGGCGGGGCGGGGCGGCGCCGGGAUCGGUCCGGGCCGGCCGCACCGGGAGCCCCGCACCACAGAUCCUGCACCCCUGUGGAUCAGAUGUCUUGAAGCAUUUCUGGGCUGAGCUGGUUUUUCAGUGCCUCAGGAGCUGUGGAGCACCAGGUGUCCAUCAUGACUGACUGGGUGCUGCUGGGGAUGAUCGCGGCGCUGGUCGUGCUGCUGCUGCUCACCGUCUUCGGUUUUGUCGUCUACUCGGGGCUCUUCACCGAGGUGGUUGUGAGUGCUGGCUCCCCCCCUGUUGGCAACAUGACACUGGCCUACAAGUUCAGGGUGGGUCCGUAUGGAGAAUCCGGGCAGCUCUUCACGGAUGGCUGCAGCAUCUCCUCGAAGCUCUGCUCCAUUGGCGUGUACUAUGACAACCCUCACACGGUGUCUCCAGAGAAGUGCCGCUUUGCCAUAGGCCGCAUCCUGAGCGAGGGAGAUGAGAAGCCAUCAGAAGAGCAGAUCAAACGGUUCCAGAAGUAUGGCUUUAAGAUCUUCAGCUUCCCUGCUCCCAGCCACGUGGUCAUGGCCACCUUCCCGUUCACUACACCGUUGUCCAUCCAUCUGGCAGUCAACCGUGUCCACCCAGCCCUUGACACUUACAUCAAGGAGAGGAAGCUGUGUGCCCACCCCCGGAUCGAGAUCUACAAACAGGACCGCAUCUACUUCGUGUGUCCCCUUGCACGCCAAGGGGACUUCUAUGUGCCUGAAAUGAAAGAACUGGAGAGGAAGAGCAGGGCUGCUGCAGCUGUGGCUGAGGACGCCCAGACAGACAUCACAGGGGUCGACACCAUGAGUGAGACAAGCUCCAUCAGCAUGGAGGCCACAACUGACAGCAGAGACACCUCGGUGGCCACCUCCAUCCUGCUGCCCUUCCCAGCCAGCCGUGGCCGGGAGGAGGCAGACAACCGCAGCGAGCACAGCUACAGCGAGUCAGGAGCCAGCGGCUCCUCCUUCGAGGAGCUGGACCUGGAGGUUGCUGGGGAUGGGGAGGGAGCCCCGGGCCUGCUGUCUGAUGUGGGCUAUGCGGGCAGCCAGGAGGUCACAGACAAGUGGACCAAGGAGCCCAUUGCUGCUGAGAGAGGAGAGGAAUGAAUAGAGACCUGGCUGCCUCACCUCCCAGUGGGGUCUGAGUUACUGGGAACCAGUUGCCUUUCCCACCUCCUUCCUCUCCAGCCAAGAGAUUUUGGUUGCUGAUUCCCCCCAGGACCUGCUCUCCCUCUUUGCAGAAAGGGUGUUGGAUGGUUUUUGGGGGUGCUGGGAGGUGGAGGGGGGGGCGGAUUUCUGUGGUGCUUAGUGGCGCAGGGUUAGGUUCAGGCUGGGGGGACAGUGAAAUGCAUCUUUUUGCUGUUUGUGUGUGUCCAGCACGUUGCAGAUUCCCUGCAGGUGUCUGGGGGAUGGUGGUGGAUGUCAGAGAUGUCCCCCCUCAUCUCUGCUGGUGCCCCUCUCACCCACAGCUUCUCUCUGCUGCACCACCACGUUUUCUAGCACCAAAGAGCCAUGAGUUGGGUCAGUUGGGUUUGUUCCCCUCUUCUCUUCCCCUUGCUGAACAAUGGAAACAUCCUGUGUAAAUGUGGUCCUCCUGGCACUGCCACGGGCACUUUGGGGUCUGUAAUAAAGUGGAUGCUUUUCCUCA